AUGGCGAGCGCCUGGUGGCUGGGCACAGCCCGGGCACAGCCCAAAGAGGCAACGUGGGACCCCCUUCCCGUGGGGUCGAGGUCCAGUGAUGUGACAACUGUGUUUAUGCAGAAAGGGAAGAAUUUACAUCUGGAUGUUAACAAACCUGUUGUUAUACCAGAAUCUGAUGAAUUUAGGUGGACAGUCAAUGACACUCUCAGCAUAGUGAGAUUACUUCCUGAUAAAAGAACAAGAAUACUUGACCCUUAUAAAGGAAGGGUUGAGAUUUCUGUACAAAAUCACUCUUUGCUUUUGAAGAAUGUGCAACACAGCGACAGUGGAGAUUACACUGCACUCAUAACUGGAGACAAAACCCAACAUGUAGCUGAAUACAAGGUCAUAAUUCAAGAUCCAGUGUCUCCAGUUCAGCUGUCAGUGAACUCUGUGUCUAACAGCAGAGAGUCCUGUAGCCUCACUGUGACCUGCAGUACAGAGGACUCUCUCAUCAGCAGCACUUUUAGAUGUGACACCCAAACCUGCAAUCAGGAGGGAGGAGAGCAGUCAGAGGUCACAACCUCUGGUUCUUCUCUCCGUGUCUACCUGUUCAAUGACUCCAUCACCUGUAACCAUAGCAACCAGGUCAGCUGGACCAGAGACAUGAAGGAGAUUCUGCAUUUCUGCCCUCUAACUGCUGGUGAGACUGAAAGAUAAUGUGCUAUAAAUACAUUCUGACUGUUGGGCCUCAUGGAUGAAAUCAAAUCAAAAUGUGAAGAUAAUUAUUUCACUGAGAUUUUACUA